AUGGGAGAGAACCAGUCUGUGGCCAUGGGUGACGAUUUGCCGACAGAGUCUGAUGUCGGCUCUGAUGGCAGCCUGCCUUCGCUCGCUUCUGAAGGUUUGGGCGAGCAGGACCACGUUGUGUCGUGGCAUUGCCAUUGCAAAGAUGGUCCAUGCGUGCCGCCAAACUCAGACAUCGAGACCGGCUGCAAGGUGCUUCGCGAAGGGCUGCUUGCUUGUGAGCCGGAAGUGCGCCGGCGCCGGGUGUGGCUUAGUCUUCGGGAGCUUCGUGUGGUCAAGCAAAUUCCGAAAGGAACCUAUCUGAUCAACGAGAGUCCUGUUUGCAGAAAGAUUUGGCAGAAGGCUCACCUGGUGGGCAGUGGAACUUUGCAUGCUUUGCAGGAGGCUGUGCAUUGCGAUGGCCCACCUGCAGAUGGCCGUAAGAAGGGGAUGCAGUGUCAUCCCAGAUCUGUGAGCCUCACCGCUGGUCAGCAAGAUGUCAACAAGUUCUGCUACCAUGCUUGGGCCAACUGGGCAAAGCAUAUUCCAACAGAAGAAGGGUCGGCCUUUCCCACUGAGAACCAGGACCUGCAGCCGCGACCUUUGCCUUUGGGUCUGUGCGAUCAUGUCGUUGCUUCCGAUGAGAGUCAGGGGCAGAUGGACGGUGUUCCGGAACCAUUACUUGGAGCUGAUGCCGCCCUUGCUGUGGAAUCUCGACGGUUCCUGCCUCAUCAAACCUUCCAGGAAUUCUAUGAGAUGUAUGUGAACUGGAGCGAAGAUCCAGUUCACUUGAGCUCUUUCCGCCGCAUCUACAUGAAGUCAACAUGGCAGGACAAGCUGCGCAUAGCUGACUCGCAACACCAUGGCAAAUGCAGCACAUGUGAGCGGCUGAAGAUGUUGAGAAAGCAAGUCACCACAUCAACACAGGAGAAGCAAGUCCAAGAAGCGCACUCUGGUCAUGUCAAGAGCGUGAUGCUGGAUCGCAACUGUGAUGCCUUGGCGCAGCAAUUGGGAGCUGAUUCGGUGCAGGUCUGUGGCGGUGUCCCGAAAAUUCCUAAUAGGGAGCGAGCUUUGCUGUCCUGGACCCAAGACUCGAUGGAUCAGGCGAAGUUCCGAUGCCCAAGGCACGUCUCGAUGGCCAAGGUUCUCGCCGAUUCCUGGCGCCCUCAACUGGCAGCUCAUGGCAUCAUCAUUGACGGAGUUGGCAAAAUGCUUUUUCUGGCAGAUAUGGAUGUCGGAAAAGGUGCAGACGUUCAGUGCACAGUGACGUGCCGUGCGUUAGAGGUGGUGGCUGAGCGCCUGGCUGAUCGUGGUGUGGAUAUGCCGUUGCAUUUUCGCUGUGUCAGUGACAACGCCACGUCCGACAGCAAAAACAACACUUUUCUGAAGCUUUUGGGCAUCUUGACAGCCCGCGGCAGAGUGAAUUCGGCCGUCUUUUGUCAAGGCCGUGUAGGUCAUACCCACAACCGCCAGGAUGCUAGCUUCAGCCAUGUGGCGACAGUGUUGUCCAAGGCGCAGACACUCCAGGAUCCGCAAGCCUUCAAGGAAAGGAUCGAAUUCAAUUUGAUGGAUUACCAUGUGGAGCAAGCAGCCAUGGACUUUCAGGCUUGGUUGUUUCCUGUUGGGACCCGGAUCACUGGAUUCAAUCAGACAAAGGAGGCCACGAAGCAAAAUUUGGAGGCAUGUCACUCGUACAAGCUGGUCCGGAGGGAGUGCUUGCCGGAAAAGUGGCGAUCUUUGGUCGUUACUGCUCCUUUCCUUUCGCACCUGGAGGCCCAUCCCAGAGACGUGAUCCUGUUCUCGAAGCAAUAUAUGGCUUCGUCUCAGCUGAGCCAGAAACCGAUGCUCUACAUGCCUUGGGAACUGGUUUCGAAGCUAUCUCCCAAACCAAUGCCAGAACCCAUCCCUCGACACUGCUUCAGUGAGCGCCAAGCGAAAGAAUUCUUGAAAACUGCUUCCCUCAUGGAGUCUUGGAAAUACAAAGAUUCUGCUCUCUACCUGCAAAAUUUGGUUCGCAACAACCAGCAGGGAUCCUCGCCUUCUUGGGUUUUGCCUCCUGUGAAGUGGGUCUUCCAGAUUGACACGGACGAAGGAAAGGUUUGUGUGGAAGGAUUGGCUGAUCAGCUGGAUCUGGGCUUUGCCUUCACAUCACCUUUGGACAUCACUGUUGUGAAGGAUGCCAAGCCAGCCAAAAAGAACGCAAAGCCAGAAGCCAACGUGCAGGGAGCACCGCCUGGGCACCAUGCCAUUGAGAAAGGGGCUCCGCCCGGCCAACAUCCAGCAGCUCCGCAGCCGGCAGUGGAGCCUGAGGCCAAGGUCAAGGCAGCAGCAGCUCCCAAGGCAACCCGUGGACGAGGUCGUGGCCAAGGCCGUGGGCGUGGCCGUGGUGAAUCUGUUCCGGCGGCUGCAAGCAGUGGCGAGGCAGCCCAUGCUGCGCAUCCCAGCGCUGAGGCAGCGGCAGCGCCUGCGCCUGCUGAAUCAGCAGCAGCAGCAGCAGCACAACCAGGCGAGCCUACCACAAAGCGCCGUCGCAUCAGCGUCCCGCCGGGCAUCAAACUGGGGUGUUCCAAGUGUAACAGGUGCGAAGUGGGAUGCACUACUUGCCGGCCGAAAGCUGGUCUGAUCGAAAGUGAGAAGAAGGGCGUGUGGAUUUUGAAGUCUGAUGAUGGAGCCAUGAGUGACAACGUCUCAGUCGAGCGUGUGAAUGCAACAAUUGAAAUCAAUUCCCAUGACGUGGUUGAUGUCUCGGAGCUCUUCAGCAGACCCAGACUGGUUCCACGGUGCCAAUAUUUUAGUUUAGUUGGAGGAGAGUCCUUUGAUGUGAAAGACGAUGAAGAGUUGGAUUUGGGCGGUGUGAACGGCCGUGCAUCUGUAUGGUCUCAUAUCAGACUCUACCAGCCCCGUGUCUUCAUACUCUCUCCUCCCUGUACCCUGUAUUCAGCAUUGAUGCACUUGUGGUGCCGCAGAGCGAUGGGAGAAGACAAAUAUCAAAGACGCCGAGAGGAAGCUGAUCGCCUGCUCUAUUUCGCUGUUGAAAUUGCUGAAUAUCAGCGACGGCAAAAUCUCCACUUCCUGUUUGAGCACCCAGAUGGAGCCAGCAGUUGGGAGACAGGUGCUCUUCGACGCCUCUGCGGACAAGAUGGGGUCCUUGUCAGCCGAUUCGACCAAUGCAGGUUCGGACUAGUAUGCCCUGGCACAGGUGAGCCUAUCAGGAAACGUACUCGCUUCGUGCACAACUUGCCAGACAUUGACCGGGUUUUUGGAAAUGCUUUCUGCACAUGCUCCACCGAUCAUCGGCAAAUACAAGGUUCUGAGGCCGGGGUGCAGCUCUCAUCUCACUGCGAAUCUUACCCGCAGGAGAUGGUUAAUGCGAUGCUGUCUGCCAUCCGAGCAGAAAUCAGUGUAGAAAUGCUGGACUAA